AUGAUUCGCCGUCACAUACGGUCCUCAUCGCAAAAUGAAACCGUCGCCGUAUGCCACGCCGUGCUCCAACGCCGCGUACAAUACGAACACGCUGUUCCGGCUGCCGCGCAUGCUCCAUCUGCUCGGGCUGCUAUUCACGACGGCCCUUCGGCAUCUACUGCUCAACUCGCCCGCCGCUCAAAUGAUCUCAAAUCGGACAUCAGCUUCAACGUCGGCAAUCGAUACCGAGUCUGCGAUGUCAUUGGCGAGGGCGCCUACGGUGUCGUCUGCUCCGCCGUACACCGUCCAUCUGGCAUGAAAGUCGCUAUCAAGAAGAUCCAGCCUUUUGAGCACCAAAUGUUUGCUCUUCGCACCCUCCGCGAGCUCAAGCUCCUGCGCUAUUGGCAGGACUCGGACGUUUCAGAGAACAUCAUCUCGAUCCUGGACAUCGUCCGCCCCCCCUCUUUUGAAGGAUUCAACGAGGUCUACCUCAUUCAGGAGUUGAUGGAGACGGACCUUCAUCGAGUCAUCCGUUCGCAGAAGCUCUCGGACGACCACUGCCAAUACUUUACGUAUCAGAUUCUCCGAGCGCUCAAGGCUGUCCACUCUGCAGAGGUGAUCCAUCGCGACCUCAAGCCUUCCAACUUGCUCCUCAACGCCAACUGCGAUCUGAAGGUGUGUGACUUCGGUCUAUCACGCUCCCUGUUGACCGCCGAGCCACAGGCUGGCAGCGAGACCGGCUUGAUGACCGAGUACGUCGCCACGCGAUGGUAUCGCGCGCCCGAGAUCAUGCUGACCUUCAAGGAGUACUCGAAGGCCAUCGAUGUAUGGGCUGUCGGCUGUAUUUUGGCCGAGAUGAUCAGCGGACGCCCCCUCUUCCCCGGUCGCGACUACCACGACCAGCUUAGCUUAAUCCUCAAUGUCCUCGGGACCCCCACUGUCGAAGACUUCGAAGCCAUCAAGAGCCGUCGCUCCCGAGACUACAUCCGCGCACAGCCCAUCCGCAAGCGCAGGCCUCACGAGAAGCUCUUCCCUCAAGCUUCACCAGCGGCCAUCGACUUCCUCUACAAGACGCUGACCUUUUCGCCCAAGAAGAGGGCGACAGUCGAGGAGUUGCUGGCCCAUCCUUACCUGGCUGCGUACCACGACGAAGACGACGAGCCAGUGUGCGAGCCCAUGCCUGCGGAGGUGUGGCAAUGCGACCAUAAGAGCGACUUGGCACGCAAUGGGACCGAGAAGUUGAGGGAGCAGCUUUACGAUGAGAUUGUCAACUUCGAGCCCUUGAUCUAA